AUGCACAACGAGCUGCUGGCUUGCCACAUGGAACGUGCGUGGCCAAGGCGUUUUGCAGAAUUUUGCACCGCCCUGCGACGCUACCCGCUGCCGGUCACAAGCGGCGCGGCCGCCACGGUACUGCGUGGCGGCUCUGCGGACGCCGUGAGGGCGGUCGAUGCGUACUGCUGUGGUGCGCUGCAACGCCGCCAAGCGCCUGAGUGUGGUGGUGCCGAAGUGGGCGUGACGUCGCCGUCGCCUAGUCUCUCAGGGACUGAGGACCGCACGACGGCGUUCUCCUCGCCGUUCCGCUGUUUCAAGCUGCGGCGCCUGGAGGGCGGGGCGUCGCUGCCGCGGCGGCCACGGCAAGGCGGGAGUCCGGACAAAGCCGCCGGCAGUGGAGACGACGGCGACGUUCUUCUUACGCUGCCGGACUUGUCGUGCCCACCUCGCGGGGAGCUUUGCACGGGCUGCCCAUUGCCGCUCAUCACUCGCUGCGGCGCUGACGCUCAACCAAUGGUGCAGCAACUCAGCCUGAGGGAGUUGCGAUCGAGGUGCGCCUCACUCGGCCUCCUCACGGCCGGCACAAAGAAGGUCCUCUUCGCCCGGCUUCGCCAGCACGAGGUUGUCCAGCAGUCAGGACCACCAUCGCAGCAAGGGCGGACCGGCGAGGUGCAGCCGCAGCUGCCAGUAGAAGAUGGAGGGGCGGGCGGUACUUCUCCCAGGCGCUUCACGUUGACGCAAGAGGAGCAGCUGGAGCACUCGCAGCGGCUGCGAACACCCUUCCUGUCGCCAUCUACCGGCCGCCAGCCGCCAUCGCCCUCCAGAGAGCAUCCACGGGCGUGCAGGCUCGUGGGCACCCCCCAAGAGUUCGUUGCCGCGCUAAUGCAUGAUAAGAGACGAGAGAACGGCGUUGGCGGCUCCCUGGCCCACCCUGCUUUGGAUGAAAUGACCGCACAAUGGCAGUGGCGGGUUCUUGUCGACAACCGAGAGCGCAUUCACGGGACUCAUGAGAGCGUGAUAAAGGCCUUCGUGACGGCUGGUGUUCCUGCCGCGUCCUGCACGCUUCCAUGUGGUGACUUCCUGCUUGGGAUCGACGUGCCAGGCGAAGCUUGUGGGAUCCACGGCACCCACCCGACUGCGAAGGAUAUGAGAAACCCCAGCGCCAUCCACCUCACCGCAGCUGCAGGUGGAGGAGGGGAUGCCCCUGCGCAGAAGCUAUUCUCCGUUGUGGUGGAGCGCAAGACAGUGAAGGACCUGUGUGCAAGUAUUGCGACACCGCGCUACUAUGAGCAGCGGCGGCUGCUUUCCGUCUCGCCGUUUCGGUCGGUGGUGUGGGUGGUGGAGGGAGGCACAGAACUGCUGCGCCCCGAUGAACGGCGUCGAGUCUUGUCGGCCUGCGCCUCGCUUGCGGCGGUGCCACGGUUCCGUGUUGUUCGCACGCGGCACCUAAAGGACACCAUAUCUUGGUUGCGCUCCCUCGGUGUGGCGUACGUGACGGCGCUGGAAAAAGCCGUGGGGAGGCACGCACGGCCCCCACAGCUGGCUGACUGUACGGCUUGCAUCAACGUGACUGCAAGGAUAAAGCGGGCACUACGCGCGCGUACCACCUUUGCCCGUAUGCUGAUGUGUGUUCGUGGAUGCUCCUCCGGGCUGGCAACACGACUUGCAUGCAAAUAUGGCUCCCUCUUGCAUAUGUGGAGGCGAUUGAGGCAGUACGGCCGUGAGGCGUGCGACGCGGACCUGGACGUGCGCCGCCUGAGCAACACGCAGCGGGAUGUAUACGUGCGGCUGACAGAGUUUCUCCUUGCGGAGGAGUACUGUUGA